CAAUCAUGCUUAUCAGUGUGUUUGACCUGUUCUUGAUGCAUAUACAAUUGUGUGAAUCCAUUCCUACCUUACGAUAACAACUAAUCUAGCCUGUUGCAAUUCAAUCAGAGUUUCUGACCUACCAAAGGAUGAGCUGCUAAAAGCAUUUCAUUCAGUGACAGCUGAAGAGAGACAGACAGAGAGAGAAGCUGUCCAAAAUAUGGGGGUUUCUCCAUGGCUGAUUUUCUUCUUCAGUGUUCUUGUGGAGGCUUUUGUCGCUUCGGCUGAUACGAAUGCGCAAGACACUUCUGGCCUCAAUGGGAUUGCAGGUAGCUGGGACAGUAGACCAUCGAACUGGAAUGGCCUUGAUCCGUGUGGAGACAAAUGGAUUGGGAUAAUUUGCACCGGAAACCGGGUCACAUCUAUAAGACUGUCAAGUUUCGGACUGUCAGGAACUCUUUCUGGGGACAUCCAAUCCUUGACAGAAUUGCAGUACCUGGACUUGUCCUACAACAAGAACUUGCGUGGCACCCUUCCUUCAACCAUUGGAACCUUGAGCAAGCUCCAAAACUUAAUUCUUGUUGGUUGCAGCUUUACUGGUGAAAUACCAAAAGAGAUAGGCCAGCUUUCAAACCUGAUCUUUCUAUCUUUGAACUCCAACAAGUUCACUGGUAGCAUACCGCCAUCACUUGGCGGCCUCUCAAAGCUGUACUGGUUUGAUCUGGCUGACAAUCAGCUCACUGGAGGACUUCCUAUAUCCAACUUGACUAGUCCUGGCUUGGAUAAUCUCACAAAUACUAAGCACUUCCAUUUUGGGAUGAAUCAGCUCUCUGGAAGCAUACCUAGCCAGAUCUUCAGCUCAAAUAUGAAGCUGAUACAUCUGCUUCUUGACAACAACAAAUUCUCUGGUAGCAUCCCCUCUACUUUAGGCCUCCUUAAAACACUGGAAGUACUCCGUUUCGAUAACAAUGCGCAAUUGACCGGACCGGUCCCUACCAACUUCAACAACCUAACCAGCCUUGCAGAAUUCCAUCUAGCAAAUUGUAAUCUUACUGGUCCACUGCCAGACCUAACAGGAAUGAACUCACUCAGCUUUGUGGACAUGAGCAACAACAGCUUCACUGCAUCUGAUGUGCCCUCCUGGAUGACCUCUUUGCUAUCAUUGACUUCAUUGUACUUAGAAAAUCUGCGCAUCGGUGGGGAGGUACCACAACGUCUCUUUAGUAUCCCCUCAAUUCAAACACUGAGGCUCCGCGGCAACCGUCUGAAUGGCACCCUGAACAUAGCAGACUUCAGUAGUCAGCUCCAACUAGUGGAUUUGAGGGACAAUGCCAUCACAGCACUUACUACAGGAAUGAAAUACAAGAACACUCUCAUGCUUGCCGGAAAUCCAUUUUGCAACCAAGGGAGCAACGACAAUUCCUGCAAAGCCACCGGACAAUCGAACCCGGCAUUGCCGCCAUACAAAACUGCAUCCAACUGUGCUGCCCUGCCUCCCUCAUGCCUCUCAACCCAGCAACUGAGCCCAAACUGCAUCUGCUCCGUGCCGUACAGAGGCACACUCUUCUUCAGAUCACCAGGAUUUUCAGACCUGGGCAAUAGCUCAUACUUCAUCCUGCUGGAGCAGACAAUCAAGGCCAAGUUCUUGAACCUCAGCCUCCCGGUCGACUCGAUCGGGAUCCACGAUCCGUUCGUCGACACCAGCAACAACCUGGAGAUGAGCCUGGAGGUGUACCCCAGUGGCAAGGAUCAGUUCAGUGAGCAAGACAUCUCUGGCAUUGGCUUCAUCCUGAGCAACCAGACAUACAAGCCUCCGGCUCUCUUUGGCCCAUACUAUUUCAUAGGACAGUCCUACUCCUUUGCUAAUGGGGUGCUGCAAGCUUCAAAUUCGAAGACGAACCACAUCCCGCUUAUCGUCGGCGCUUCGGUUGGAGGCGCAGCUGUUGUGGCAGCAUUGCUGGCACUCACAAUUUGCAUUGCCAGGAGGAAGAGAAGCCCAAGUCAGACUGAAGAUAGGAGCCAGUCUUACGUUUCCUGGGACAUGAAGAGCACCAGCACCAGCACCGUCCCGCAGGUGCGAGGCGCGAGGAUGUUCUCGUUCGAGGAGCUGAAGAAGAUCACCAACAACUUCUCGGAGGCCAACGACAUCGGCACCGGCGGCUACGGGAAGGUAUACAGGGGGACACUUCCCACUGGGCAGCUGGUCGCCGUGAAGAGAUCCCAGCAAGGCUCCCUGCAGGGCAACCUCGAGUUCAGGACGGAGAUCGAGCUGCUGUCCAGGGUCCAUCACAAGAACGUCGUCAGCCUCGUCGGCUUCUGCUUCGACCAGGGCGAGCAGAUGCUGGUCUACGAGUACGUCCCCAAUGGCACCCUCAAGGAGAGCCUCACAGGGAAGUCCGGCGUGCGGCUGGACUGGAAGCGGCGGCUCCGCGUCGUGCUCGGCACGGCGAAGGGCAUCGCCUACCUGCACGAGCUCGCCGACCCUCCCAUCAUCCACCGCGACAUCAAGUCGAGCAAUGUCCUCCUCGACGAGCGGCUCAACGCCAAGGUCUCCGACUUCGGCCUCUCCAAGCUUCUCGGCGAGGACGGCCGCGGCCAGAUCACCACCCAAGUCAAGGGCACAAUGGGUUACCUGGACCCGGAGUACUACAUGACGCAGCAGCUGACGGACCGGAGCGACGUCUACAGCUUCGGCGUGCUGCUGCUGGAGGUCAUCACGGCGAGGAAGCCGCUGGAGCGCGGCCGCUACGUCGUCCGGGAGCUCAAGGACGCGCUCGACCGCCGCAAGGACAUGUACGGCCUGCACCAGCUGCUCGACGCCUCGCUCGGCGCCUCCUCCUCGCUCGCCGGCCUCGAGCCCUACGUCGACCUCGCGCUCCGCUGCGUCGAGGAGUCCGGCGCCGACCGCCCCUCCAUGGGCGAGGCCGUCGCCGAGCUCGAGCGGAUCGUCCGGAUGGCCGGCGCCGCCCCCGCGCCCGCCGCCGCCGACUCGGCCUCCGACUCCAUGAGCUACGCCACCCGCACGCCGCGCCACCCCUACGGCGGCGACAGCCCCUCGGAGUACAGCGGCGGCGGCCUGCCGUCGACGAGGGUGGAGCCCAAGUGAAGAUGGCAACUUUAAUUUGUACAGCUCGUUUAUUCAGAGUACCAUAUCUUAUUGUGGAAAUUAAUUUUGGUUCAAGUUUGGUUUUGAAUUGAUUUGAUGAUGGCUAAUUGAAUUUGGAGCCCUGCUUAAUUGUCAAUCGAACCACACAGAAUUUUCAGCAAUUUAAGCUUGUGUCCAUGUAUAUGUAUGUAGCUUUUAUGAACUGAUUUGGAUAAGUAUAUCCCUGUGUAUUAUGCUACAGUUUAUAUCAGUAAUCGAAAAUUAUGAUAC